CACACGGAGCUGUAAACCCUUCAGUAGCUCUCCAAGGGGUCUCAGCCUCAGUGCGUAAAGUUGGGACGGGGCUCCGGACGCACGGCGCAGCACUCACUAUCCCACAGGCUCCAUGUGUGUCACCUCUGCGGGAUACUUGACAAGGAUUUCUGAUAUUUUGAUAGCACUACCCUCGCGGGUCACUGACAGAUGAAAACAGUGGCGUUGUGUUGACGUGAAGGCGUUUUUCCUUGAACAAAUCGUCUGUCCCGGAGCGCAGAGGGGACAUGGGUCAGCUUUAUGGUGCGACUCUUUUACCAUUUGGCGCUAUCUGUGUUGUUUUCCUGUGGGAAUCUGCUGCCAGCUCCAUCAGGACGACGCUUUCAGUGGACACCUCGAGAGCGGAGUGUCCAGAUAGUAAGAUCCUGACAGUGGAGUAUCCCUGUGUCAGAGCAGGAGGGAAGAACAGCACUUGUUUCAGGAGGAAAUGCUGUGAAGGAUUCAGGUUUGUGAUGGGCCAGUGCAUACCUGAAAGCGUAGAUGUGUGUGCUGCAUCCCCCUGCGAGCAGCAGUGCACCGACAACUUUGGGCGAGUUGUCUGCACGUGUUACCCCGGCUAUCGCUUCGACCGAGAAAGACACCGCAACCACAAAUCGCCUUACUGUCUGGACAUUGAUGAGUGUGAGCACUCAGGAGGCAGCGUGUGUGACCACGAGUGUGUGAACACGGUGGGCAGCUUCCUGUGUCGCUGUCACACUGGCUACAUACUGGCACCGGACCAACGCUCCUGCAUCCCCGUGCACAAUUUGAGUUCAUCAGGGAAGUCAGACACCUUGAUGAGCGCUGGUACUUGCUCAUUCACCUGUCAGGAUUUUAUGAACAUGAAAAACAGUUUGCUACAGCUUAAACUGAGGCUGGGCAACACACCGUCACCAAACCAGGUACCUGGCCUGGCUAACAGCAGUGACAAGCCAUCCCUGGGGAGGGCAGGAAAAAGUUCCGACAGCCCUUGUCUUCCUGGUCUCCCCGGCCCUCCAGGAGCCCCUGGGGUACCAGGACACCCAGGAGAACCAGGAAACACAGGAGACCCGGGGGAGAGGGGCCCACCUGGUCCUCGGGGUCCACGGGGAGACAUGGGGCCCAUGGGUCCAGAGCCUGACCCGAAGCAUAUGAAGAGAGGCCGCAGGGGGCCAGUGGGACCACCUGGGGCAGCAGGAAGAGAUGGAAUAAAGGGUGACAGAGGAGCUCCAGGUCCCAGAGGUCCCCCUGGACCACCUGGCUCUUUCGACUUCCUUCUGCUCAUGAUGGCCGACAUCCGCAAUGACAUAAUUGAACUGCAGGAAAAAGUGUUUGGGGAGCGGCGCAGUAUCUCUCUGGACAGUCCUCCUCAAUCCAGCGGGGAAGUGGAUUUUGUAGAGUGGGGCUCUGGACAGGGAGAUGUCAUGCUCAAUACUUGACAUUUGACUUCCCAGUCCCAGUAAAAGACACUCAAACCCAGUGAAACAAUCACCAACCUUGACUCUUUUCUUCAUUGAUAAAGGAUUGUUGGUGGACAAAGUGCCAACAUGUAAAUAAUUCCUAAAGUCACAGCUGGGAUGAACUGGGCAAGGACCCUUGGUUUCAUUCUCAACACUGCCACAGGCCGUAAAACAGAGAGAUUCAAAGAUUAGAAAAUCAGAAGUUGGACCCCAAUCUCUCUGUGAGCGCCAUCUUGCUGCCGUUCACAUGCCGUGGUGUGAGUAAGAGGUGUGCGUGCAGGACAUAAGAGUGAGAAAGACGCAGUGUGAGCCUUUAUGUCUGAGUCUCUGAGCUGUGCCUCUGAGCUGAACCACUUCAAACGAUGGACUUUAUCGUCUACAUCUCUUCCUGUUCCUGAGUCUGUCGAUGGAGGCUCUGCAGCCACUGACAGUUUGCCUGCAGGGCGUUGGUACAAAGACCCAGGACCCGCACUGAGUGCCUCCCCGCACCUGUCUGCAGUAUCCAGCCCACAAGUCUGAGCUCUGCAGCUUCUCUCUAGUCUGAGGCAUCUUCAGAAAUGAAUUCAUGAGAUUCAUGAGUAUGGACAAUCCCAAUGUUGUAGGCUACUGUUGGACAAAAACAGCAAUGCCUGAAGUAUUGUUGCAAUUAAACAACUGUCAAGUUCAAGUAUGAUAAAAAAAAACAUUUACUUCAGCAAUAUGUUCAAAAUAUAAUCUAAAAAGAAAUGUUACAUAUACAAGACAUCCAAUCUUCUGACAGUAACUUAAGUAACAGUAACUUAAAAUGAUAAAAUGAAUGUAUGGAAUGGUAAAGGUCAGUUUCAAAAAGUGAUUCUAAAAAAAUAUUUUUUUUAUAUAUUUUUUUUAUAGCUCAUAUAUCAUCAGGCAAGUUGACUGUGAACAUAAAGUAUUCUGUAUAAGAAAUAUGGUCCGACGGGAGCAGUUUCAUGGGAAGUUUAGCACAUAUUUUCAUACUUACAUUCACCAGAGUUGAUCAGAAAUAUGAUGGACAUGAAGAAGGAAGGCAGCUUGAACAUUUUUAAUUUUUCAUCAAGUCAUUGCUUAAUAAAGGUUUGUCUAAAUCUAAAUUUGAACUUUUUAAAUUUUGAUUUUUUUUUUUGUCAAAGGGUCAUCAAAUUGAAAAGGGUCAACAUUACAAACCUGACAAAGGUAAAGGUGAGGCACCAGUUUGUUGACACUGGCUGCUUGUGUUUAUGGUUUAUGAUGUGAAUGCUGCAUUAGCAUGAGCAUAGAUCGUCCUGUUCCAGGUCACCACUAUGUAAGAGUGAGUAAAGUUGUAGUAGUUCAAUCAGAUUCACACGUCUUGCGCUUUGGUGAUUGUGGAACAUUCAAACAGGAUCAGCAGCACUGUAUUUGGUUGUUUGUCCACCGGACACAAAACUGUACUCACUGUACGGGCACUGAUGGUUCCUCAUUGUAUAGUUCAACUGAAGUGUGCAAAGUAAAUCUGAUAUUACAGUGGUAGCAAUG